AUGAAGAAAGUUUUGAGCUAUUUCGUUGCGCUUCUAGUGCUGUUUGCCGUGAUCCAAACCUCCGCGCAAAAGUUCCCCGCCAUUAUAAUCCUUGGUGAUUCCAUCGUCGACUACGGCAACAAUAACAAUUUCACAAUCCCCUUCACCAUCGCAAGAGCAAACCACUCGCCAUAUGGGAGGCUCAUCAACAAUGGAGUUCCAACCGGCCGGUAUGCUGAUGGAUACACACUUCCAGACUUUAUAGCCUUGAGACAGGGUUAUCAGCCUCCCCUGGCUUACCUUGAUCCAGCUUCAACAUGUACAAAUCUUGUUCGCGGUGCCAACUUAGCAUCUGGAGGUGCCGGGAUCAUUGAUUCAAAUUCUUUGAUUCUUACACCGUACACCAUGUCUGUUCAGCUGGGCUGGCUCCAAACUUACAUCCGGAACCUCCGAAAUUGUGUGGGAGGCACCCAGGCCAAUUCGACCAUCUCCAGGGCCCUCUUCAUCUUUAGCGUUGGAUCCAAUGAUUUCUCUUACAAGAAUCUCAACCCGGCUGUCGCUGGCCUUAGCGAUGCGCAGUACCGGCAGCUGCUCGUAAACACGUACAGGAACUUGCUCCAGGCUGCCUACCAGCUUGGUGCUCGAAACUUCUUCGUGUUUGCACUUGGGCCACUCGGCUGCACUCCAAUCUCCAUCACUCUCCAGUGUGGAGCAUUUCCAAAUCCAUUUUGCAGAAGGAACUGUAACGAGGCCACGAAUCAAGUGGUGUACGCUUUCAAUCUCGCGCUCCAGGCAAUGAUUCAGAAUCUCCAAAGCACACUGGCCGGUUCAAAGUUCUACUUCACCGUUGAUGCUUAUAACGUUACCUAUGAUGCCGUGAAGAACCCUGCAAAAUACGUGCUGUUUGCCGUGAUCCAAACCUCCGCACAAAAGUUCCCCGCCAUUAUAAUCCUUGGUGAUUCCAUUGUCGACUACGGCAACAAUAACAAUUUCACAAUCCCCUUCACCAUCGCAAGAGCAAAUCACUUGCCAUUUGGGAGGCUCAUCAACAAUGGAAUUCCAACUGGCCGGUAUGCUGAUGGAUACACACUUCCAGACUUUAUAGCAUCAACAUGUACAAAUCUUGCUCGCGGCACCAACUUAGCAUCUGGAGGUGCCGGGAUCAUUGAUUCAAAUUCUUUGAUUCUUACACCGUACACCAUGUCUGUUCAGCUGGGCUGGCUCCAAACUUACAUCCGGAACCUCCGAAAUUGUGUGGGAGGCACCCAGGCCAAUUCGACCAUCUCCAGGGCCCUCUUCAUCUUUAGCGUUGGAUCCAACGAUUUCUCUGACGAGAUGGAAGCCGCUGGCCUUAGCGAUGCGCAGUACCGGCAGCUGCUCGUAAACACGUACAGGAAGCUGCUCCAGGUAUAUGGAUGCGUGAACAUUUUGUCUAAUUCCGUACCCAUUUUUCUAGGCUGCCUACCAGCUUGGCGCUCGAAACUUCUUCGUGUUUGCAAUUGGGCCUCUCGGCUGCACUCCAAUCGCCAUCACUCUCCGGUGUGGAGCAUCUCCAAAUCCACCUUGCAGAAAGAAAUGUAACGAGGCCACGAAUCAACUGGUGUACGCUUUCAAUCUCGCGCUCCA